AUGGAAAUGGCAUUUAAUUAUGAUGCAAGGGUAUUAGAUCAAUCUUACAUAAAAAAUGAAACAUCACAGGAUUGGUCAUUUGCUGAUGGCUUUAUUGAGAAUCAGGAAAUUCGACAAAUUACUUUUCAUCAGCUUUUAUCAAUGUGUAACCAAUCCUCUAUUAAAAAUCUUUGGGGUGUUAAUCAUUUAAUGUCAUCUGGAAUACACCAUCUUGUUAUUUUAUUAAAAAAUGGAAUAUAUAAAUGUUCCUGUAUGUCUUUGGUAACUCGUGGGAUUGUUUGUAGACAUUAUUUUAGUAUAAUGCUACGAACUUCACAGGCUCAGUUUCAUAUAGGAUUUAUCAAUUCACGUUGGUUUAUUACUACACAUUUGAAUGAUAUCAAAAAUCGGCCACUUUAUUCUGCUUCAAAAUUUAAUACUAAUUUAGAAACUUCAUUGUUAGAAUCUAAUAAUUCUCUUGAAUUCCUUGAUGUAAUAGAUAAUGUUUCAAGUAAUUCAAUUAGUACCCCAUAUGUUUCUUUCAAUAAACAAUGCCUAUAUUAUGCUAAUGUACAUGGAUUAGUUAAGCAAGCUAAUCAGAUUGCUUGCAAGACUUGUGAUGAAUCAUUUAUUGAUUUACUUAAAGAAUAUAUUAAUAAAAAGAAUAGUGAAGCUUUAACACUAGAACAAUCCGAUAAUAUGGAAAAUCAAGAUGAAUUAGAAGUUGAUCAGGAAACUACGCAUCAAAAUCAAAUUGGAAAUCCAAUAAUUAGGCGUCCUAAAGGAAGACCACCAGGAACUGCAAGAUUCAAAGGACCUCUAGAAAAUUCAUCUCAUUCUAAUGAAAUUAUUGGUGGACGAACUCAGAAUAAAUGUGGAUUAUGCUAUAAUGUAGGACAUAAUCGCGCAACUUGUCCAUCAAAUCCUAAUAGGAAGAAAAGAAAACAAAAUUAAGGGCCAAAAUUACUACUGUAAUUCAAGCCGGCCUACAGGCCAGCUUGAAUUACAGUAGUAAUUUCGGCCCGGCUCCCUUCGGUCGCCGGA